AGCUUUUGAAGAGGCGAUGGCUGAAGAUGAAGAGGAGCUGCUGCGAGUGUAUGGGGGCAUUGAUAUGAGUAAUCACCUGGAGGUUUUUACUACACUCUUCAACAAGGUGAGCAGCUCUCCAGCUUCUCUCCAGCUGCUGUCCAUCCUGCAGACGCUGUUGAUGCUGGGACCGGGCCGCUCUGAUAUCUGGCUGGCUCUGGAGGCUAUCACUAACAGAGCCAUACUGCUAGCCCAGGACUCUCAGAUGGAGUCCUGCGAGAAGAUCAUGCAGCGGCUGAUGUUUUUCAAAGGGAGAGGUUCUGUGGAUCACCAUGAAGUGGACGGGCUGCGGUUGAAAGUGGAUAAGGCUGUUCAGACUGAUCCUGAUCAUCAAGACAAAGACAAGGCAGAUGAAAGCGCAGCAUCCUCUCAGAAGCCACUGUGUGCCUCUCCUCCUGCUCCCCCUCCUCCUCCUCCGCCUCCACCACCUCCUCUACCCCCUGGGCCCUUGUUCCAGCCCUCUAACCAGUGUCCACCGCCGCCCCCACCACCUCCCCCACCCCUACCUGGAGGGUUUGGUGGUCCUCCACCACCUCCUCCUUUGCCUGGAAUGCCCCCACCACCACCACCGCCACCACUGCCCUCUGGUCCAGGCAUGCCUCCUCCACCACCUCCGCCACCCUUACCUGGGAUGGGAGGUGGACCACCGCCUCCUCCCCCCUUACCCGGCAUGCCGCCUCCACCGCCUCCUCCCCCAGGCAUGAUAGUAGCUCAGAGCAGUCAGCCUCUGGGGUAUGCUGCCCCUCUAAAGACAAGUCGGUGCCCCACUCUGAGGAUGAAAAAGCUGAACUGGCAGAAACUUCGCACUGUCACGGAUGGUCACUCCAUGUGGGCCUCAGUUCAGAAAGAGCCGCCUCCUCGGGAGCCGGACUACAGCAGUAUCGAGCAGCUGUUCUGUUUCCCGGUGACCGAGCACAAAGACAAGGGGGCAGCUGCUCCUGUCAAGAAGGAGCCUAAAGAGAUUACAUUCAUUGAUCCAAAGAAAAACUUGAACGUGAACAUAUUUCUAAAGCAGUUCAAAUGCACAAAUGAGGAUUUUGUAGCCAUGAUCCAGAAUGGAGACCGGAGCAGGUUUGAUGUAGAGGUGCUAAAACAGCUUCUCAAGCUCCUACCAGAGAAGCAUGAGAUUGAGAAUUUGAAGUCCUUCCAAGGAGAAAGAGACAAGCUGGCGAAUGUUGACCGUUUCUACACCGCCCUCCUCACUGUGCCGUGUUAUCAGCUGAGAAUCGAGUGCAUGCUGUUGUGCGAGGAGACUGCGUCAGUGUUGGAGAUGCUCAAACCUAAAGUCAAGCUGGUGGAGGAGGCCUGCCAGUCCCUCAGAACGAGCCCGCUCAUGCCCAGUUUCUGCCGCCUCAUCCUCGAUGUGGGAAAUUUUCUCAACUAUGGAAGUCACACAGGGAACGCUGAAGGGUUCAAGAUCAGCUCUCUGCUCAAGCUAACGGAGACCAAGGCCAACAAGAGCCGCAUUACGCUGCUUCAUCACAUCCUGGAGGAAGCAGAGGCGAACCACCCGGAGCUGUUGGCGCUGCCGGAUGAUAUAGAGAUAUGUGAGAAAGCAGCAGGAGUUAAUCUGGACUCCGUUCAGUCAGAAGCCAGUGCCUUACUGAAACGACUGAAUGAAACGACCAAGAAAGUCUCCAACUCUGCGGAAGAGGUGAAAGAGCAAUAUGCAAAAGUUCUUGAGGAAAACCGUGAGUCAUGUCAAGCUUUAGGUGAAAGAUUCACUGAGAUUGAGAAGAAGAAGAGUGAACUGGCUGUUUACUUAUGCGAAGACACGAAUCAACUGUCACUUGAGGAACUCUUUGGGACCAUCAGGACUUUCCGAGGACUUUUCAUCAAGGCACUCAAGGAAAAUAAAACCAGGAAAGAGCAAGCAGCCAAGGCUGAGAAGAGAAAGAAGCAGCUGGCAGAGGAGGAGUCCAAGAGACAGAAAGGAGAGAAUGGAAAAAUAAUCAAGAAAGGCUUCGUGCCACAGAAUGAUGGCUGCAUCAUCGACCACCUCCUGGCGGAUAUCAGGAGAGGUUUCAGCUUGAGAAAGACCCGGCCAAGGUGCGAUUCGGAAAGCCUACCUUCUAGUGAAAUGCGUAGGGAUACCUGCCCACCUGGAUCAAGUGUGAACUCUGUAGAAGAAGAAGCCGUCGAUUCAGCCAAACCCUCCGCUCCCUCCAAACCUCAGACAGAGGAUCACCAAGGCGGCACAGGCGAAGUGAACGGAUUCAUCAGCCCCUCAGAAGAGAUUCCACCAGCACCUCAGCUGAGUGCAGCACAAGACGGGGGAGCAGUUGUAACUUCCAACCAACCGCCAGGAGAGCCAGCCACGAUGACGCAGCCUGCAUCGGAAAGACCUGCGUCGCUACAGGAGGGUCAACACCCAGGGAAACCUGCAGUAUUAGCGCUAGAUACGACCAAACCCCAGCCUCAGGAUGACGGGGAACACCGGCCACGUCUCCCCACCAAUGGCUUUUCAUUAGAUUCAACUGAGACCAGUGUCCUCAGUCCAUCCUCCCUCUCAGAUUCUGACCUGCUGGAGGCUGUGUUGGAUGGCAUGUCCAGUCCGGUAACUGAAAAGUUGAUGCCUGAGGAGCCAGCAGACAUUAGUGUAAAUGUUCACAUCGAGGAAAAUCCUCUACCUAAUACAGACCUUAACGUGACGCAGAGUAGUGAAAGCAAUAUCACAGGAGAUGGGAAAGGUGAAACUAGUAAUAAAAUAAGCCAUUUACCAGAGACUGCAGGGAAAGAGAAGUCUCGAGAGGAGGAGAAAUGCAUUAUCGCAAGAGCAUCCGGCCAAGAUGAGGUGACGAGUUGCAAACAUUCAGACCCUAAAAGCAAAGUGGCUACACUCGGGUACGACGUCCCAGAUGGACUGGAACCGGAAGAUCUGCCGUCAGUGUCUGAAGCAGUGCCUCCCUCUCUUAAGCCGGAACCAAAGAAACAGUCGAGGCUUUUUAAGCGAAACAAAAAGAAGAGUACUCAAGGUAAUCCAUCCAUUCACUUAAAUAAAGAUCAUGUUUGGAAUGCUAGUCUCUUGACGUGUCAUAAAGGGAAAUCCUUCUUUGCUGUAUUUUUAAUGCAUUUGACAUUUUAUAUUUUAUACAUGGGCUAUUUUAGUAUGUGUUCGUAAGUAUUUUGCACGAAAACAUGCAUUUUAUUAAAGAGUGUGAAUGCAGUGUGCAGAGCUUGAUUUGCAGAUUUAAUACUUGAAUGGAUUUAAAUUUAUGGCCAGUGUGUUUGAAUGCUCUGUUUUCAUUCUGACUCUCUGAAACACAAGGUAACAGUGGAAAAGGACACACUAGGCAUAAAAAAGGCUGUGUGUUGCAGUGAGGUGACUCCAGAAAAAGGAAAUCAAGAGGAAAAAGAAAAUGUUAAU